UGCUGCUGGCGCCCGGUCCUCAUCCCCAGCAGCCCCCUCUGCAGCUAAGGGUUUACCACCGCAGCACCUCUUUUGCUUCGCCUGCCUCUUCGGCUCUGCGAUCUCGCGAGAGUGGCUGACUGGCUGUGGGGGUUGCGGCGGCAGCAGGCGGAGCCGGGGAGGGAAAGCAGCGGCGGCUGAGGCGACUGAGGCGGCGGGCGGAGCGGCAGGCAGCGGCGGAGCGCAGCAUCAUGGCGGACCGAGACAGCGGCAGCGAGCAGGGUGGUGCGGCGCUGGGCUCGGGCGGCUCCCUAGGGCACCCGGGCUCGGGCUCAGGCUCCGGCGGGGGCGGUGGUGGCGGCGGGGGCGGCGGCGGCAGUGGCGGCGGCGGCGGGGCCCCGGGGGGGCUGCAGCACGAGACGCAGGAGCUGGCCUCCAAGCGGGUGGACAUCCAGAACAAGCGUUUCUACCUGGACGUGAAGCAGAACGCUAAGGGCCGUUUCCUGAAGAUCGCUGAGGUGGGCGCUGGCGGCAACAAGAGCCGCCUCACCCUCUCCAUGUCCGUGGCCGUGGAGUUCCGCGACUACCUGGGCGACUUCAUCGAGCACUACGCGCAGCUGGGCCCCAGCCAGCCGCCCGACCUGGCCCAGGCACAGGACGAGCCACGCCGGGCGCUCAAGAGCGAGUUCCUGGUGCGCGAAAACCGCAAGUACUACAUGGAUCUCAAGGAGAACCAGCGCGGCCGCUUCCUGCGCAUCCGCCAGACAGUCAACCGGGGGCCCGGCCUGGGCUCCACGCAGGGCCAGACCAUUGCGCUGCCCGCACAGGGGCUCAUCGAGUUCCGUGACGCUCUGGCCAAGCUCAUCGACGACUAUGGAGUGGAGGAGGAGCCGGCCGAGCUGCCCGAGGGCACCUCCUUGACUGUGGACAACAAGCGCUUCUUCUUCGAUGUGGGUUCCAACAAGUACGGCGUGUUUAUGCGAGUCAGUGAGGUGAAGCCCACCUACCGCAACUCCAUCACCGUGCCCUACAAGGUGUGGGCCAAAUUCGGACACACCUUCUGCAAGUACUCCGAGGAGAUGAAGAAGAUUCAAGAGAAGCAGAGGGAGAAGCGGGCCGCCUGUGAGCAGCUCCACCAGCAGCAACAGCAGCAGCAAGAGGAGACCACCGCUGCCACCCUGCUACUGCAGGGUGAGGAAGAAGGAGAAGAAGAUUGAUCAAACUGAAUGAAACACACCACACACACAGACACACACGCACACACACGUAUACACAUACGUGUACGCACACACACACACAGCCACACACAGAGAAAAUAUACUGUAAAGAGAGAAAAUAAAAAGUUAAAAAAAAAAAAAAAA